AUGAACUCAACGAAUAUUUGGAGAAAAAGAUCGAAUAAUAGAAGUGAAAAAAAAUCGAACAGAAUUAUAAAUUGUCAUCAUUUUAAAUCAAAGAAAAAGAAAAUCUUUCUAAAAUUGUCAAAAGAUAAUUUAAUAACAAAUUGGAUUGAAAAUGAAAGUAAAAAUGAAGAUAAUGAUGAACAAAGUCAAUCAUUGAUUGAGUCUGACUUUAUGUAUAAAACAUCUCAAAUAAAAAUAAACAGUCAAGAUGAAGAUAGUUUACAACUUGAAAAUUUUCAACGUUUAUCAACAAUGAAAAAUAUUAUUUUUCUUGAUUUAGAAAAUUUCUCAAGAUUUUUUCAGCACUUAAUAAAUCCGUUACCUGAUCAAACAUAUGUUAUUGCAUUUCAAGCUGCAAACAUGAAAUGGAAACCCCCGAAAAAUGAUCUUGUUUAUGAAAAUUUAUUAAAUUUAAAUAAUUUUCAAUCAAUGCGGCCAAGUGGAAAUCGGCAUGAUGCUGCUGAUUUUGCUCUUGUUCUCACUUUUGGUAAACUACAUGGUCUUCUACCUAAAUCUAUUUCAUUUACAAUAAUUAGUGGUGAUAAAGGUUUUAUUGAAGUAAUUCAUCAAUUAAAAUCAUCUUAUCGAAGAAUAAAUUGGAUUAACCCUCAUCAAAUCUCAUUUGAAAAUUUUAAUCAAAUUUUAAAUAUUUCAUCAACAACUUCUUAA